GUUAACUCUUUUAAUUUGAAAGUAUCACCCGGAUACUUUUUAGUGUCGCAAAAGCUACAGUAGCUCAUCUUGCACAGUUUUAUUUAUUUCUUUAUCUGAAGUAUUAGCAUGACUUUAAUAUUGGUUUUCCUUUACGUGUUUCAAAUGUUUGGUGGAUGUUUUUGUCACAACGUCACAAGACCGAACAUCGUGAUGGUGAUGUCUGACGCCUUUGACGGACGGUUAACGUUUGAUCCUGACAGUAAAGUUGUGCACUUGCCUUACAUAAAUUACCUGAGAGAGCUGGGCAGCAACUUCUUAAAUGCAUACAGCAACUCACCUAUCUGCUGCCCCUCCAGAGCAGCCAUGUGGAGCGGCCAGUUUGUUCACCUGACCCAGGCGUGGAACAAUUACAAGUGCCUUGAUGCCAAUGCAAGCACGUGGAUGGACUGGCUGGAGAAGAGUGGGUAUCUUACCAAGAUGCUGGGCAAGCUUGACUACACCUCAGGGCAACACUCUCUCAGCAAUCGCAUGGAAGCCUGGACCCGGGAUGUCCCCUUCCUGCUGCGCCAAGAGGGUCGACCAGUCACACAACUUGUUGGGAACGCGUCAACAGUGAGGGUAAAUACUGUUGACUGGAAGAACACGGACUUGACCACACAGUGGAUCCACCAGAGAGCAGCGUCCCCACACCAGCCUUUCGCUCUCUACCUGGGCCUCAAUUUACCUCACACCUACAAGACUGACUCCUUGGGACCCACGGCCGGAGGAUCCACCUUCCGCUCAUCUCCCUAUUGGCUAAAAAAGGUUCGUUCUGAUUUCGUCUCCGUUCCCACCUGGCUGCCCAUGGCUGCCAUGCACCCUGUGGACUACUACUCCACCUUCACCAAAAACUGCAGCGGGGACUUCACCGAGGAGGAAGUCAAAAGAAUCCGGGCCUUCUACUAUGCCAUGUGCGCUGAAGCGGACGCCAUGUUGGGGCGGGUGAUUUCAGCUCUGAGAGACACCCAGCUGCUCCAGAGCACUGUGGUGAUUUUCACGGCGGACCACGGCGAGCUCGCCAUGGAGCACCGGCAGUUCUACAAGAUGUCCAUGUUCGAGGGAAGCGCCCAUGUUCCCUUGCUAAUCAUGGGACCGGGGCUGGUGUCGGGCCAGCAGGUCAAGCAGCUGGUGUCCUUGGUUGAUGUCUAUCCUACUGUACUGGAUAUUGCAGGUAUUUCAGGUGCAGGCAAUCUCAGUGGCCACUCGCUACGUCCUCUUCUGUCCAAGCACGGCAGCUGUCCAAGGAGGCAACGCCCAGACUGGGUUCUGAGUGAAUACCACGGCUGUAAUGUCAACGCCUCUUCAUACAUGCUGAGAAGUGGUCGGUGGAAAUACAUCGCCUAUGCAGAUGGUCUGACUGUACCUCCCCAGCUUUUUGACCUGACACAGGACAAGGAGGAACUUGAUGACGUGGCCAUCAAAUAUCCAGGUGUGCGGGCACAACUGGACACGCUGUUACGCAGCAUUGUAGACUACCCAGCCGUCUCUAAAACCGUGCAUGUCUACAACAAGAAGCAGUUUGGUGCCUGGCAACAAAGUGCAGGAAGUAACUAUAGCCGGGUCAUGGCUAAUCUCAGGUGGCAUGUCGACUGGCAGAAAGAUGCAUCAGGCAAUGAAAGAUUGAUUGACAGGUGGCUCAAUGACUCCUUGUGAUGCACAUGCAAAUAUUAUACAGUAUAUAUAUAUAUAUAUAUAUACACUAUUGUGGAGGGAGAGGUAGCCAGCGCUGCCUGCAGGAGCAAAAGUCACCGCCUCUGUCCAUGGUGCUGAGGACAGAGCACCAUCAGACGGGGGCGUGGCAGUGCUGAUGGCGAGACACAGCUGGCAGGUGAUUAGAUUUCACAGGUGGUACGUGUUAAUCUAAUCAUCUGUUGUCUUUAACAGUAAGCGGCCGGGAUCAGGAGGGGAGAGAGGAUACGGACGUGACUGAAAUGUCACGUUCUACUAGGAAAGAAAACUUUUGUUGACAACAUUAUAAUAAUAAUAAUAAUAAUAAUGGAUUAGAUUUUAUAUCACGCUUUUCUAUUAUUAAUAAUUAAAAACCUUGUUAAACCUGCACGCUUGGCUCCGGUGCCGUGUCUGAAAAAGUAUUUGGCCACCCAUCCAAAUGAUCAGAAUCGGGUGUCCUAAUCAGUUGGCCCGGUCACAGGUGUAUAAAAUCAAGCACUUAGGCAUGGAGACUGUUUCUACAAACAUUUGUGAAAGAAUGUGCCGCUCUCUGUGAUUUCCAGCGUGGAACUGUCAUAGGAUGCCACCUGUGCAACAGAUCCAGUCGUGAAAUUUCCUCGCUCCUAAAUAUUCCAAACUGUCGGCUUUAUUAUAAGAAAAUGGAAGAGUUUGGGAACAAUAGCAACUCAGCCGCCAAGUGGUAGGCCACGUAAAGUGACAGACAGUGGUCAGCGGAUGCUGAAGCGCAUAGUGCAAAGAGGUCCAAACUUCAUGUGACCUUCCAAUUAGCCCACGUACAGUACGCAGAGAGCUUCGUGCAAUGGGUUUCCAUGGCCGAGCAGCUGCAUCUAAGCCUUACAUCACCAAGUCCAAUGCAAAGCGUCGGAUGCAGUGGUGUAAAGCACGUUCUGUGGAGUGAUGAAUCCCGCUUUACCACCUGGCAAUCUGAUGGACGAGUCUGGGUUUGGAGGUUAAUUGUCAGGCUUGUCCCUGACAGUUUGGUCAAGUUUUAGUUUUUCCUCUGUGUUUUUGUUUUAUUUCCUGUCAGCACUCUUAUUUUGGUUCAGUUUCCUGUUUGUCUCUCUGAGUGCUGUCCCCUCAGCUGUGGCUGAUUGGCACCUGGCCACACUUGGUGUCAAUCAGCCAGCUGCUAUUUAGCCCUGCUUUGACCUCCAGUCAGUGCUGGAUUAUUGUAGUGUCUACCUGUCCUUGUCGUCAUAGCGGUAAGCUGUUCCUUAUAGCUAUUUACAGUUUGUUUUCUCCUACCUUCUUGUUUUCCUGUUAGCCAGAUCCUGUUAGCCGUUAGCUAUUUCCAGUUUUUCUGUUUUCUGGUUCCUGUUUCCAUUUUGCCUGUUCCUAGUUUGUGUUUUUGCUUUAUUUUGAACAUUAAAUCAUGUUUUCCUGCUCAAUGCCUGCCGCCAUCUCUGCAUCUUGGGGUUCGUCACCAACGCAACCUGACAUUAAUAAUAAUAAUAAUGAAUUACAUUUGUAACGCACUUUACAUUUGUUAAAAUCUCAAAGUGCUACAAAAUGUAAAAAAAAGUUAAAAAAAUAAAAAUGAAAACUUAGAAUCUAUAAUAGAAAAUUAAAAUAGAAAUAAAAACAUUGAAAACACUAGAUAAAACAUAGAAGCAUGGAUAAAAUAGAAAUAAAAACAUGAAAGCACUGGAUAAAACAGAUAGGCAAGCAGUGCAUUUAAAAAAAAGACGUCUGUCAGGAGAACGGUACAUUUCGGACUGCAUGAAAUUUGGUGGAGGAGGAAUUAUGGUGUGGGGUUGUUUUUCAGGAGUUGGGCUUGGCUCCUUAGUUCCAGUGAAAGGAACUUUGAAUGCUCCAGGAUACCAAAACAUUUUGGACAAUUCCAUGCUCCCAACCUUGUGGGAACAGUUUGGAGCGGGCCCCUUCCUCUUCCAACAUGACUGUGCACAAAGCAAGGUCCAUAAAGACGUGGAUGACAGAGUCUGGUGUGGAUGGACUUGACUGGCCUGCACAGAGUCCUGAUCUGAACCCGAUAGAACACCUUUGGGAUGAAUUACAACGGAGACUGAGAGCCAGGCCUUCUCGACCAACAUCAGUGUGUGACCUCACCAAUGCGCUUUUGGAAGAAGGGUGGAAAAUUCCUAUAAACACACUCCGCUACCUUGUGGACAGCCUUCCCAGAAUGGUUGAAGCUGUAAUAGCUGCAAAAGGUGGACCCACAUCAUAUUGAACCCUAUGGGUUAGGAAUGGGAUGGCACUUCAAGUUUAUAUGUGAGUCAAGGCAGGUGGCCAAAUACUUUUGGCAAUAUAGUGUGUG